GUGGAUAUUCAUAAUCCCAGUCCUUAACCACCGCUGCCGUUCUCUGCCUGCUGUCCCUAUGGUAGCUGGUUGUCGCGCCCUGACGCUGCUCAGAUCCCAGAAGCUCCUAAAUCUCUCCGCAUUCGGCCCCGCCUUCAGGCCAGUUUUCCCGCGUCUUCCACAUCUCGGUGCCAGGACAAUGUCUCAGACAGCAGCUCAGGCUGAGCUCUUCCAACCAGCGCAGAGAGUCGCUGGUCAAAGGCAGGAUGUCUGGUCCAUCGUCAACGAAGCCGCGGCCGCUUCGCCGGUCCAGCCCAUCGUGAAUAUGGGACAGGGCUUCUUUGGUUACAAUCCUCCCCAGUUCGUCCUCGAUGCUGCUAAGGAGGCCCUGAAUCGAGUGGAUUGUAACCAGUACUCCCCCACGAAGGGUCGUCCACGCCUCAAGAAAGCCAUUGCGGAUGCAUACUCAUCUUCCUUCGGCCGGGCAUUGAACCCAGAUACAGAAGUUACCAUCACGACAGGAGCAAACGAAGGCAUGCUGAGCGCCUUCAUGGGCUUUAUCGAACCGGGAGACGAGGUCAUCCUCUUUGAACCGUUCUUCGACCAGUAUAUCAGCAAUAUCGAAAUGUCCGGUGGCACCAUUCGUUACGUUCCCCUCCAUCCCCCAAAGGAUGGGGCGACCAAGACCAGUUCUGCCCUGGAGUGGACAAUAGAUUUCGAGCAGCUCGAACGAACCAUUAAUCCAAAGACCAAAAUGAUAGUGCUCAAUUCUCCCCACAAUCCUGUUGGAAAGGUAUUCUCUCGCGCGGAACUUGAACGAAUUGGAGAGCUCGCCGUGAAGCAUAAUUUUAUUAUCCUGUCGGAUGAGGUAUACGACCGCCUCUACUACGUACCUUUCACCAGGAUUGCCACCUUGUCACCAGAAGUGUAUGAGCGCACUCUCACUGUUGGCUCUGCUGGAAAGGCCUUCUAUGCCACUGGUUGGCGCGUUGGAUAUCUCAUUGGUCCAGAGCAUCUUAUCAAAUAUGUGGCUGCUGCUCACACUCGGAUAUGCUAUAGCAGCGUCUCCCCCCUCCAGGAGGGGGCUGCCGUUGCCUUCGAGCAGGCAGACAAAGUUGGGUUUUGGGAUGAAAGCCGGAAGGAUAUGAGAAGGAAGAUGAGCCUCUUCUGCGAAGUCUUUGAUGAGCUGGGCAUUCCUUACUCUGACCCCGAGGGUGGUUACUUUGUCCUGGCUAACCUGUCCUCUGUUAAACUCCCCGAGGAUUAUCCUUUCCCUCCUCAUGUAUCCAGCCGUCCUCGUGAUUUCAAACUUGCCUGGUUUCUCAUCCAAGAGGUUGGUGUGGCAGCCAUUCCUCCAACAGAAUUUUACACCGACGAGAACGCCCGCAUCGCAGAAGACUAUCUUCGCUUCGCGGUCUGCAAGAAUGAUGACGUACUCGAGACUGCUAAAGAAAGGUUGCGCGGUUUGAAGAAGUACAUUGUGCGGUAAAAUUGCAAAUUUUGUCUGGGUGUUGUAACUAAGGUAAGGCAUAUAAUCAAUACAUUAGAAAGAUGUGCGAAUACAAGGCAAGGACAUAGACAUCAUAUGUGCUUUUUUUCAUUCUCCUCAAUACCACUUAUUCUUAGAUUUUUU